CGCCCCUCACGGCCCCGUGCGAAAUGGCGGCAGCAGGGGGCAAGGAGGCCGCGGGCUGCGGGCAGCGCUGCCUCCGUGCCGUACCACACGCGGCAGGCGGCUUCAGCAGCAGCACAGGUCUGGGGGCACUGGUCCCACAGCUGGUGACGAGCCGCCGAGCAGCACAAUGCCUCGAGUGCGUUAAAGGAGAGACUGGGUGUAUAACCAGUUAAAGGAACAAAGAAGGGCAGUGUUCAUCGGUGCCACCCCUCGGGCAGGAAUAGAGGGCCCGAGAUGGCACUCAGACUCAAUGCCGAGGCAGCUGGGCAGCCUGCCUGGCUUCUGGGCAGGAGAUGUCACCAAGACAUCCUCCAGCCUGGUAUGGCCCUCUGCUCAUCAUUAUGUGCCACAGCCUUCAAGGUGGGCCGUGAUCUGUGCUCGAUUCCAGAGGAUGGCAUUGGCCAAGCUGAUGCAGCUUGUCGGUUGGAGUCUGCUUAUGAGCCUUGGAGAGACACCCUAAAGGGGGAAAUCUGUCUGUGCCUCUGUGCUUGCAGCUCUAAACACCUGGGGGUUAACUGGUGCUUCAGGGGCAAUUAUACCAAAGGUGCUCUAGAAGGCUUUCCAAGAGAUUCUAGCGUAGGGUGCCUGGCACACGUAAGUCCUGAAUAUUUCCUUCCCAGAAGAGCUGCUAAGCUAAAAGGCUACCCGUGUUAACUGUUACCUGCAGGAACUGACACAUUUGUGUGUCUCCCAUGGCAUUACCACCUGGUGUCCGAGGACAAGCAAGAGGGUGCUCAGGGCCUCUGGAUGACUGCUUGAGGGAUCUGGGCCGGAUGUGGCAUUUACUUCUGCCACUUGCAGUGACCCAGACACAGAAAGGUUCUAGAGGUGAAUACCUGGCACCCUGGUGUGCCCAACAGAAGUGUAGGGCUUUGACUGUGGGUUACUCUACAGGACACCAGGCCUGAUGGUGGCACAUGGGCUACACCUGCCUCCAAGGGAAAAAGGAUCUUGGCUCAGGAGUUAGUGGGGCUCCUUAAGAGGCUUUACGUAGGUUUGGAAGUGGAAAGGGAAUACUAGGCUCACCUGGGAGAAGCAUGAGCACUGCAAACACAUGUUUGCAUGACAGUGGAGGAUGGAAGCAGUGCUGCCAUCAAAGAUCAUGAAACUGUAGCACAAGUAAUGGGAAAAACAGGUUUCUUGCCAGAAUGCUGUCAGAGAAAAAUACUACCAAAGAAAGACACAAUUGAGUUUUUUACAGCAGCCUUCAUACAGGGCUGCUGAUGGGGAUUUAUGAGGAAUAGGACCUGAGUGCCUCUGCAUUCCCAUGCAGAGUGCUGCCUCCCAGAAUACAUCAACCCUUCCCCAUUUUGCUCCUUCCAUUCCUAUGCAGAAUAAGGAAAUCAAUAGAGGGCGGGUCCAGGAAUUCACAGGCAAUGUGGGUGUACAUUGGGGAGUUCACAGACACCACUAUGUUAUGAGGUCACAGAGCCCUGUUUGAUGUGAGGUUCCAGAGCCCCACUGUGCUCUUCAGUGCUCGCUCUGGGCAACACUGCAGCAGCAGCAGCAGUGGCAGGAGCAGCAGAAUCAUGUUCCUGAGCCACUACCUCCUGCUCCUCUUUCUCCUGGCCCUGCAAACCCAGAAUGCCCAGAGUGCUCCAACACCUGGGCAGGGAGCAGUUGUGGACACAGCGAGAACUCUUUCAGCCCCUGAGCUGGAGCCAAAUACCAUGCUGAUUCCGAGCUGGUACCUCAAGCGGAAUAAUUAUGACAAGGUUCCUGAAGAAUUCCCUGAAGGAUUCCCAGAUGUUUCAGAGGAGCUCCUGAACACCUUGGAUGAAGCCCCAUCUGAGACAGAUUCUGAGACUGUGCUGGAGACCUUCCCUAUGGAAGAAAAUGGCAGCCUGCCAGGCUCAGAUGAAGAAAGAGAACCAACAGAGGACACCAGCACACUUGCUGAGCCUGGGGAAUAUUCAUGGUCAGCUGCUGGGCAAAAAGCCAAGACUGCUGGACAGUGGGAAUUUAGCAAGAACUACAUUCUAGCAUCUGUAGCAGUCUCGGCUCUGCUGCUGCUUGCAGCAGUGGUUGGGUACAUAAUCAUGUACCAGCUGCUGAAGCGAGACAUGACUCAGGAAGACAAGGAGGCAACAAGACAGGACUGGGACUCUACCAGGGAAAGCUGUGGUCUGCCUAGAUGUGAAGCAGAAUCAAGCUGCCGCCUGUUUCCUGAGGUCUUUGCAGCAGAGCUUGCCCAGGUGUACAAGAACAUGGGCACAGACCGCUCACCUCUGCCCACGUGUUCCUUCUGUGCUCUGGCUGACGGUGCCUCUUCACGGGACCACUGGAUUUCCCUGGACUCACCUCAGCCCACACCAUUCUGGUGCCCCUGCUACCAGUACCAGCAGGAACACUUUAUAUUAGAGGACAAUGAUUAGUGAUAGUGAGAGUUAUAAAUAGUGAUAGGGAUAGUGACACCUUUAGUGAUACUUUUAGUGGUAGUGACACUUUUAGUGAUAGUGAUACUUUAUAUUAGAGGAUAAUGGUUAUUUUAUUGAUAGUGGUAGCAUAUAAAUAAAUGUAUUUCCAAAAGCAGUAA